UGGUCGUGAGGAGCGGUGAUCUCCUGGUGCCCCGGACAUGCACCUCCCCUCCUGACCCAUCACCCCCUCUCCUUACCCCGAGGCCGAGGCGUCAACUUUCCAGAAAGCGCUUCUGAAUUAGAGGCCCAACCGCAGGGGAUUGACCGACGAGUGAGUAAGGCAAGAAGAAAGCGGGCGGGUUCCGGCCCUUCCGGAGGCUGUUCGGCAAGAGGGAGAAGAAGGAGAGCCCCCAGGCCCGGGGAGCGCCCGCCCUGAGGAAGCGGCGCUCCCUCGGGAGACACUGCAAUGGCGUCGUCUCGUCGGACGAGGAGACCCUCCAAGACCACGUGAGGUCCUUCGGCUCUGCUAUGGGAGGCCGGGCCUUCUCCCACGACAGCAUUUUCCUCCCCGAGGGACCAGCCGAGAGCCAAGCCGGAACUCUCCAGCAGCAGCCGGGGCAGGACUUGGUGCCUGGGCAGUGCCCGCCGCUGGCCACCGAGGAAACAGAGACCGGGCUGACCCUCGGACUCCCAGAUAGCAACAAUCAAGAAGGUGCCCCUGGCUCGCCAGCUUUGGGCGAAGAGAGCAGCUUCCUGGGCAGAGCGGAGGCCGCGGGGGCGUGGGAGCCGGACCUGAGAUCGCUCCCCGAGACCUGCUCCUGGGACGCCAGCCGGAGCCUGCUCUUUCUCUCCUCCGGGCUCUGGUCCCGUGACGUUCCUGACCCCCCAGUUCCAGCACCAGGCCCUGCCAGCGCCAUGGAAGACAAGGUUCCUCCAGUCCGGCCGUCUCGGCCCAAAAGGCACUUCUCCACAGCGGGGACCAUCGAGAGCGUCAACCUGGACGCCAUCCCGCUGGCCCUGACCCACCUGGACAACAGUGCGGCCAAGCACAGGCUGGCCGUCAAGCCGCGGAACCAGCGCGUGUCCAAGAAGCACCAGAGGCUCAGGCGGAGCCAAUGGGGAAGCCUGGAAACACACAACGGGCACUGUGCCGGAGAGAUGCCCACCUGGCCUGGGGAGGUCCUGAAGCCAUCGAUCCGGGAGGAACAGGAAAGGCAGGAAGAGGAGCAUGGGAGGCGCGGUGAGGCCGAGGGGCAGGGACACGAGGCGGAGGCGGCUGAAGAGAAACGUCUGGAAGAGCAAAGCUUCUGGAGACUGGACAGCCAGAGCGAAGAGAUGGAAGAGGAGGACGAAGAGGAGGAGGAGGAAGAGAAGCGCAGGAGAAGCCUCUUGGGGGACAAGAGAAAACAGUCACUCCCAGAAGGGGGCCGAGGGGAGGAAGUGGAGGAGCAGUGGUUAGAGCUGGAGGUGCAGAGCUGCCAGGAAGAAGAGAGACAGAAAUUGGAAGAGCAGAGGCGCUGGGAAGAGGAGGGACAGCGACUGGAGGAAGAGAGACGGAGGCGUCGGGAUGAGGAGAGACGGAGGCUGGAGGAGGAAGAGAGACGGAGGCUGGAGGAGGAAGAGAGACAGAGGCUGGAGGAAGAAGAGAGACAGAGGCUGGAGGAAGAAGAGAGACAGAGGCUGGAGGAAGAAGAGCAACAGAGGCGUCGGGAUGAGGAGAGACAGAGACUGGAGGAAGAAGAGAGACAGAGACUGGAGGAAGAAGACAGACAGAGGCGUCGGGAUGAGGAGAGACAGAGACUGGAGGAAGAAGAGAGACAGAGGCUGGAAGAAGAGAGACAAAGGAGUCUGAAUGAGGAGAGACAGAGGCUGGAGGAAGAAGAGAGACAGAGGCUGGAGGAAGAAGAGAGACAGAGACAGGAGGAGCAGAGAUGCCAGGAAGAAGAGAGACGGAAACUGGAGGAAGAGGAGAGACGGAGGCUGGAGGAGGGGCAACACCAAGAAUUAGCAGCAAAAAUGUCCUUGGAGGUGGAAGCACAGCAGCGUCUGGCAGAGGCAGUCAAGCGUCCACAGGAGCUGAAGAGACAGGAGCCCCCCGCUGAGACCCCCAGAAGGCCAGAGGCAGAGAAGCAGCUCCGGGAGGAAGAAGAAGAAGGAGGAGUAGAGUGGAGGUCCGAAGGGCGUCGGCAACCCCUGGACUAUGAAGAUGGAAAACGUUUGGGGACCAAAGGGAAUCCACCUCAGGAAGGCCCGGGGAAGAAGAGGCGAGGAGAUGCCGCUGGUAGCCGAAACGCCGGAGGACAGGCCAAACUGGAGCCGCCGAGUGGCGGGGAGAGUGAGCAGGACCCCAGGAGCCGGGGAGGACGAGGAGGAGACGGAGACCGGCCCCGAGAGUCGGCCCCGCCACAGCCAAAAGGGGCAGGGGCCCAGGAGCGGUACCGUGGGGGAGAGGAGGAGGAGAUGAGGUGGCGGGAAGUGGACGAGAGGCAGAGCACGCCCCGACCGUACACCUUCCAAGUGUCGUCGGGAGGGAGGCAGAUCCUCUUUCCUAAGGUCAACCUGAGCCCGGUGGCCCCACCGCCUCCCUCCGGCCACGAGCCCCCCGGCCCGCGGCCCGCCGCCGGCGCCCACCCACUGCCGGCCUCGCUGGGCAUCCCGCACACGGCCAUCCUGGUCACCGGCGCCCAGCUCUGCGGGCCCGCGGUCAACCUGAGCCAGAUCAAGGACAGAGCCUGCCGGUCGCUGCUGGGACGGUCGGAGGAGAGGAAGUCCACCUUCCGAGGUCCCCCCGCCCAGCGGGCGGGCGACGGGAAAGCCCGCGAUGGUCCAGAGUCGGCCCGCAACGAGGCCGCGCUGGCCGAGUGGGCGUCCAUCCGGUCCAAGAUCCUGAAGAACGCCGACGGGGCCGAGGCCGGCCGGACGCCGGCCGCCUGGGGCGGACCCCGGGGGAGCAUCACCAAGACCCAGCUGGUCACCCCCAAGUUCUCCAUCACGCCCGCCUGGCACAAGUUCUCAGACCCGGCCAGGCCCGGCGGGGGCGCGGACGACACCGGACGGGAGGCGCAAGUCGAGGGGUCCGGACCCAAGCCGGGCCCGGCGGAUGGACCGGCCCAACCGCCCGGAGGCCCCGGCCGCCGCACCCCGCCCAGGCCCCGGCCCGAGCCGGCCGGCGACGCGGACGGCUGUAAGUUUGCCAAAGACCUCCCGUCGUUCCUGGUCCCCGGCCUCCCCCCGUCUCCGCCCCGCGGGCCACCCCCCGACGGGGCCGGAGAGGCCGAGAGGCCCCCGCCUGGCACGGACGACGGCGCCUCCCCUUUCGGCAUCAAGCUGAGGCGGACCAACUACUCACUCCGCUUCCACUACGAUCAGCAGGCGGAACAGAAGAAGAAGAAGCGGCUCAGUGGUGGCAGCGGCAGCAGCAGCCCCGGGGCCAGCUCGGGCGGGACCCUGACUCCCCCGGUGCCUGCGGACGGGCAGACGGACACGGAGGCCGCCUCCCCGCCCCCGCCAGCCCGCCCCCCCGGGGGGUUCAGGUGGCCACCGCCCCAGAGGCCGGCCCUGGCCCCCAAACCUGCUCACCAGACCCCGCCGCCGUCCCCCCUCUCCAGAGGGAGCGGAACAUUCUGGGCCGGGCCGCCGGCCCCGAGGGCGGCACGACCAGAACCGGAGUCUGGGGACCAGGGCCCACGGUCUCCGCGCGACCGGCCUGGGGCCCGAGAGGAGGGAGCGACGGGGAAAGCCUCUCUCUUCGGGCCAGAGACCGUCAAGAAAGAGAAGCCGGGGCUUCAGAGUCACCACUCACUGGACGCCUCCGGACGGAUGGACGAGGGCUACGCGGCCCAGCCGACGUGGAUCAACCUGGCGCUCGAGAAGCAGAGGGGAUUCCGGGAGCAGCAGGCCUCCCGGGAGGAGCGGAGGAAGCAAGCUCGGGAGGCCAAACAGGCCGGCCGGCGGCCCGGCCAGCAGGCUGGAGCCCGCGAGGAGCUUGAGGAUGCCAGUGAGGGCAGCAGCGUGGGUUCCCCGCACCAACCCACAGCUCCGGAGAAGAGGAAAUCAGACGAGACGGGGGUGUCCAGGCUCCAACGCCGAGAGCUGCUGCAGAAGUCCAACACGCUCCCCACCUCUGUGACAGUGGAGAUCUCGGACUCCGUCCCGCCGGCCCCGCUGCUCAAAGAGGUCGCCAAGAGGUUCUCCACGCCGGACGCGGCGCCCGUGGCGACCGAGCCAGCCUGGCUGGCCCUGGCCAAGAGGAAGGCCAAGGCCUGGAGCGACUGCCCCCAGAUCAUUAAGUAGAACCACCACCUGACGCCUGGGCGAUUGGAGGUGGACACAUACACACGUUCCCCCUCUACCCUUGUUAUUUAUUUCUCAUUUUCCCAUAAGGUAAAGGAAUGGGGGGGUGGCGGGUGGGGAGGGAAGGGGAAGAAGCAUGUCCUACUGGAUCCAAAGAAUGGUCAGCCGGCCUACCCCCGAAGGCCAGCGUGGUUGCCCGGCCCGCUGCCGCCACGCAGUUCCUCCAGGAGCACGCGGAGCCCCGGGCCGGACGGACAGACCGCGGGUGGCGUCGGCCGCAGGUCGGCCUGUGCUCUUCAGUGGAGGCGGCCGGGGUUUCUCUUGGUAAGAACCACUGGGAACAGAAAGCGCACCUAAGUCACCAUUCGGGGACCCGCCGUUUUUCCGGAUCCCGAGCCUCUGGCCACCCCAGAGGGGCUAAGUCCUCCCACCCGCCUCUCCCGGCCUGGGGGGCGAGGGAGGGGUCAGCUCUACUGCUUACCACGGGGCUUCCUCCUGCCCACCACCAGCUGAAAGGGUUGGCCCCACUCUCAAGGAGUCACCCGUCUUCCCACCACCAAGCUGGGGGAUCUUGGUGAGGCCCCCUCCCUCUUCCCAGUUGGGACCCGGAGCCCCCCAUCAGCCGGGGGCCGGGACUAACGAGGGAACUGGGAGACCCCAUCCAACAUCCCCUGACGCCAUGUGUUCUUAGUCACCCUCGAAACGCACUGACCCAAGAAGGAGUCACGGGAUCUUAGCAGCCAGGAAGCGGUCUUUCUCUAGGGCUCCUUACCUCUCGGCAUGCUCGGGUCCGGUUUCUUCUGGAUGGCGCCAAGGAUGCCACAAGGUCCGCGGCGGGUCCCAGGGCCGGCCGGGCUCCCGGGGCCUGCAGGGUUGGCGAUGUUGGCGGCGGGUCUCCCAAGUCGGGAAGGUUGGACGGAGAUUUCGACGGGGUGAGAGGCGGCCAAGUGACGAGCCCAGCUGUUUGGGGAUGACUGUCACAGGUGGACUCUGAAGACAGGGGCCGGGGGACAUUUGGGCCAGGAGGGGGAAGGGAAUCAUGGACGAGGCUGGGGCUGACAGGAUGUGGGACAUCGGACCUCGACAACUGAGCUCGGAACCAAGGCACUCCCCCAUUCGCAUCCUUUGGAGAUGGCCGGGGGCAGGGGAGCCUUGUCCCACGGUGGACUUGGAACGAUUUUUAACACGUACAUGUCAAAAUUACUCAUGUUCAAACAUCCUCCAAGAUUUGCACUAAAUACCAAUGAAGUGUUACUGGUCUUGAGCUGUGUUGCCGUCUUUUCUGACCAACAAACACCCUGCUGGAAUGAUGGCAAAAGAUCUACUGAUUAACUUAUUCGAGACAGUAAAAAUCUUUCAAAAAUCCA